CGGCUCUGGGAAGGGAUAGUCCUGGAGGCGGGUGGUUGCUUGCUCAUUGCAGCCACAGGUCAUGUGACCGGAAGGGCUCCUUACGGACGCCGUCCCUCCUCCUUGCGGCCCGAGCGCCCGGCCCGACCCCGGCCAUGGGGUGCUGCUACAGCAGCGAGAACGAGGACUCGGACCAGGACCGAGAGGAGCGGAAGCUGCUGCUAGACCCUAGCAGCCCCCCCACCAAAGCCCUCAAUGGAGCCGAGCCAAAUUACCACAGCCUGCCUUCCGCUCGCACAGAUGAGCAGGCCCUGCUCUCCUCCAUUCUUGCCAAGACAGCCAGCAACAUCAUUGACGUGUCUGCUGCAGACUCCCAGGGCAUGGAGCAGCAUGAGUACAUGGACCGGGCAAGGCAGUACAGCACCCGCUUGGCUGUGCUGAGCAGCAGCCUGACCCAUUGGAAGAAGCUGCCGCCACUGCCAUCUCUCACCAGUCAGCCCCACCAAGUGCUGGCCAGCGAACCCAUCCCCUUCUCCGACCUGCAGCAGGUCUCCAGAAUAGCUGCUUAUGCCUACAGUGCACUUUCUCAGAUUCGUGUGGAUGCAAGAGAGGAGCUGGUUGUACAGUUUGGGAUCCCAUGAAGACAGUGGUCCUUGGACAGCUCUUCUUCUCCUCUCUUCACCCGCCUCCCCUGGCCCCAGCCUCACUAUGGCUUAUACAGUACCCUGACCUGCUACUAAUCACAGAGAAGAAUGUGGAGGAGGAGGAGAAGAGCGAGGCUACAAGCCUGGACAAGUGAGGAUGGAGCAAGAGAGGAUAGAACCAUUUGGGACUGGCCUUCGAAGCCCUGGCCAGGGAUGGGGUGGAGGUCAAAAGGACAGGGCCUGGUAGGUCUUCACUGUCACUGGGAAGGGGUGGAGGUAACACUGUGAGGGUGAUCACUAGGGGGCCUAUGAAGGCCCCUUUCCCACUCUUUCUCUUGGCCUCACUCUUUGCCCCUCUCCCUGACUUGGUGCUCACAGGCACCUCACUAGGGUUUGUGACCAGUGUCUGGACGAGAUUGAAUUUGAAUGAAUUGAGUUUGUAUUUCUAGCACCCUGGGUUUUUACAUGUUUGGGGUUUUGGUGUUUUUUUGGGGGGGAGGGGGGCGUGUUAUCUCCCUUGAUAAAGGAAAUGUAUUCAUCUGUG